UCGUGACCUGCUGGCACAAUUUGUGUCUAUUUUUGGACGUUGGACGGAUGUAAGAGUGUGUGCUCUGUGAAUUUAGGUCGAAGUAGGUUAAAAUAGGGAAGUUUUCAUGAAUGCUGUGGCAAAAUUAUGUCAAACGACAUGAAAGAUUUCACUGCUACAGCUCUUGACCAGUCCGCAGUUCCCUCCCUUGAUCAUGGAGUCGUGUCUAUGUCCUCAGAAGGCAUGAUGCAGAUCAUUCCCCCACCCACCGUCAGUGUGAACAAGUCGCCGCACGGGGGACCGCUGGACAAUCUCAAAAUGAUGCCGGGUUCAGAUCACACAGAAAACAUGAUCCAUGCCUCUCCUCCUCAGAAAGCCAAACCCGACAGCAGCCGGAAGCCUGCGGAGUCAACCAAAACUCAGAUAGAGGUCAUCCCCUGUAAGGUGUGUGGAGACAAAUCGUCAGGUGUUCAUUAUGGAAUAAUUACCUGUGAGGGAUGUAAGGGAUUUUUCCGGCGGAGCCAGGCAGGUCCUGUUAAUUACCAGUGUCCUAGAAACAAAAAUUGUGUCAUAGAUCGAGUCAACCGGAACAGGUGCCAGUUCUGUCGCCUCCAGAAGUGUCUGGCUCUGGGCAUGUCUCGGGACGCUGUGAAGUUUGGCAGAAUGUCAAAGAAACAGAGAGAAAGAGUGGAAGACGAGGCCAAUUACGUCAAACAGUCACGCAUGAACGGGUAUGAUUCCUCCUGUGGAAUGCCUCCUAGCAACAACAACAAUCAGUUCUCUAUAUACAAUGAUUGUCACCUGAUGUAUACCUCAAAUGGCUACGCCUACACCCUCCCCUCGCCGGCCUCUGAGAGUCAGCCAGAGACGCCCGUGUCCCCGGAACCCCCGAGUUACAACUCCACUCAGGUCACCUCACAGCCCCACCCCAUAGCUCUACUGAGGGCCGUUGACCUCAUGGAUCCAGUGAUGCUUGGGAAGGCAGUAACAGAAGCCCAUAUGAGGACAUGUUUAUACAGUAAAGACCAGAUAGAGCACAUUAAAUCCAGCCUAACACCUCAGGACAUCAUAGACGCCUUCAAAUCUAUGAGCAGAAGUCAGCUGUUGUCAGAAGUGGCAGAGAAGAUUACCAUCGCUGUACAACAGAUCAUUGAGUUCGCCAAAAUGCUGCCCGGGUUCAUGGAUCUUUCUCAGGACGAUCAGAUCAUGCUGCUGAAAGCAGGAAGUUUUGAGUUGGCCCUAAUCCGUGCCUGUCGUGUUUAUGAUGAACAGACAAACAGUAUCAUCUUCGGCAAUGCCACUGUACCUCUCUCUGUUUUUAGCAGUUUUAAUGAAGAAGAGUGCCAUUUACGUGACCGUGUGUUUGAGUUUGUGCGGACCAUAAAACAGAUGAAGUUGACAGAGAGUGAGAUUGCCUUGUUCAGCGCGGUGGUUCUCAUCAGGGCAGAUCGUCCAGGUUUAAAGGACAUAGCCGAUGUUCAAAAACUUAACGAAAAAGUUCUGACAGCGUUAAAACAGGAGCUGAUAAAAACGCACACGGACGAGAACCUCCUCACACGCCUAAUGCAGCUAACAUGGACAUUACGACAGCUUAGCUCACAACACAUAGUGCUUCUCAAUAAAUAUAAACAGGCCAAUCCAGAGGUGGAGUUCCCUGCCCUUCACAAGGAACUCUUCAGUGUGGAAGGUUUAGAAGGUUCAUAGAGUCCUCAGUCAAAUGUUAGAAUAUGUUUUUUGAGAAAACAACAUUUGUUCAUUUAUAUUGAAAAAGUAACAACAUUGUGCUUAUGUUGAUCGGCAAUUCCUAGAGAAGAGUAUAGAAAUGGGCUUCACUGGAAUUGUCUUGAAGAAAUUUACUUGAUUUUAAGAAAAGCUUGUUUUUGACUGAAUUACAUAUGUCAUAUUUUUGAACAUUUAUUGAUAUGAUUGUUUUUACUUCUGAUUUUGUGCAUAGCAUGUUCAAUAUAGUAGAAAACUAUAUAUAGAUAUAUAACAGAAGUGUUAAUUACUUAUUAUAUAUGGUAUUCUGCAAAUCAACUUUUAAUCAUGCUACUUCAUAUAGUGUGCUUUGCCAGUUUAAAAUUAAAAAAAAAACAUUUAAGGUUCAUUAACCUUCAAAAAAAGGGGGAUAAUUUUCCCUUGUAUAAGUCAUGUUUAUUCCUGUAUAAAAUUAUUGAGUAAAAAAGCUAAUUCGGCAAAAAAUCUGAAAGUUAGUUCAAUUAAAAUACAUAUAAGAUGUCUGUUGGAACUUUGUUCUUGUUUAAAAUGUUUGUUUUUUUUUUGGAAGUAAAUAGAAGAAUGCUGAACCUUAAUCUUUGUGAAAACAACAGUGCUAGUUUUACUGGUAAAAAAAAAAAAAGAAAGAAAGUUGUUAUGUGUAAAAAGUUGAUUUGCAGAACCUGUAGAUUUAAAAUAAAAGAGAUGUAUGUAUAGAAAAAUAACGUGGCAUGAGUUGGCCUGACAAACUCGGUGAAGGCAAUCCUGUGGGUAUAGUAUGGCUUGGCUGAUUCUAAUCCCACAACAUUGAUUUUUUUUUUAUGCAUUUCAGUAUUUUUAUUAUUAUUCCCCAUCUUUUUUAAAAGAAAGAAAAUAAGCAGAAAAUUACAUUGGAGAUGGCUAAUUUCAGAAUUUUAAAUUUUAGUUUUAGAUGAAAUAUGUAUGAUUUUUGAAUUAGUUCAUAAUUGCAUCUGUAAUACAAAAAAGUCAGUUUUGUUAUCCCCUCCCCUUAUUUUUUCAUCCCUCAGGAAAUAAUUGAAUGAUGAUUUGGGUUGUUAUGUUUUAGGAAUGCUGUAUUAUAAAAUGUUGGAAUCAAAAGAUGUUUAUUGUUGUUUUUAUUCUAUUGUCAUUUUUAUUUCGCUCACAUUAUAGGUAUAAAGCAAGGGGAGUCGAUGUGCCCAUAUUUCUAUCUGUUGUUUUUUUUUUUAUUUUUAAAUGUAUUCACACAUGUUCUUUGCAAAUAGUCAAUUAAACUUCUGUUGCCAGUAUUUUUGAGCAAUAUUGUUUGAAGCUGUGAAAGAAAAGGAAAGAGAAAAGAAAUUAUACUGCCAUUAGCAUGCUCUGUUGUGUAUUUGGGAAACUCAAUCCAUGUUAUCUCAAUACCUGAAAGUGAUUAUGUUUUGGGGGGAAAUUUAUUUAGCAUUCUUCCUCAGUUUUAGGGCAGAUGGUAUGGUUGUUUGAAUAGCUUAAUUUCUUGAAAUAUUUUUUUUUUAUUUAACAGGAUAUAGUUAAUAUUUUCAAACUCAUCUUAGGUUAAACAGUGCUUAUAUUUUAAUAAUUUUUUUGUGGUGAAAAAGUAUUACCUCAUUUAUCAAGUUUGUUCUACAGUUCAUUUUAAAACUGAAAAAAAAAAUGGAAAUGAACUCUUUGAAGUAACUAUAAUCCAGUAAUAAAAAAAAUUCUUUUUAGAAAGGGGGGGGGGGGUGUCUGUUGUUAUUCGUGGAAUUUUGUAAAAUUUGUUUUCAUUCUAUUGACUCAUGAAGAAGUUAUAAAAAGAAAUUCCAAGAAAAACUGUUACAUUAUAAUUUUACAGACUACUUUUGACAUUUUUUUAAAGAUGAAAUUAUUAUCAUAAAUUCCUGAAAGAGUUAUCUCUCUUAUCAGAGGGUCAUGCAACCUUAAAGUUAAAGAACUAAAAUAGCAGUAACACCUCUUUUCCUUGCAAGUAUCCUGCCAGUGCAGUUUGAAAUUUGAGCAGCAUUUACCUAAUCAGGGGAUUCCAUAUUUGUAGCAAGCUUUUAUGUUAUGUGUAAAUAGUGAGAAAAAAAAAAUCAGCUUUAAAUCCAUAUUUGUUCAUGUUGGAAUCAUUGAAACAUAAUUUUAAAAGAAAUUAACAUAAUUGAAAUCUUGUUCAUUUUUAUAGUGAAAUGGAAUUUUUUUAAAUUCUAGUACAAAAUAUUAAAGAUAUUUGGGGAGGAAUAAGAGAGGUUUCCAAGAGAUUUAUUCUUUAAAUAGAAAUUGUAUAUUUAAAAUAAUAUAUUAAGCAAAAAAAAACCUGUAUGUUGACCACCAUUUAUUGCAUAGAGGAUUAUUUUCUGUAUUUGAUAGAAAUAUAAAUUUGGCUGAAAAACCCAAGGUGACUCUUUUUGGGGGGUAACAAAAUUCAUCAAAUUAAGUUUUUUUUUAUCAGGACAGUAAAUUGUAUAGGGUUGUUUGACUAAAUUGGCAGCUGUAAAGAAAAAAAGAUAUGAAAAAUUUGUGAAAGAAAGGACAGUACAAUAUUGUUAUUAUAAGAGAUGACUGAAAAUUUUAAAUUGUGUUGAAGACGAUUUUUGUUAUACACUGUAUACAAUAGUGCAAAGUCACACGUGUCAUUUGUAUUUCAUCCGAUAUUUUUGUUAAGAUUUAUUUUGAUUGUUACUUUGUUAUGUAUAAUGUGUUUGUUAAGGAAUACAUUUUUUACUUUUAUUUUGGUCAAUUCAGUUGUGCACAUAAAUGUGUAAAUAUGUACAGAGCAUACCAAAAAAAUUUGUGUACAGACUUUACCAAAAUCAUGUGUCAAUCAUUAGUCAGUGUUUUAUCCACAUAUUUUUCAUUCAUAUUCAAAAUGAUGUAAUAAUUAGUCCCAUUUAAUAAAUAACAAGCUAAAUGUAUAAUAAAACCUGGCAAACUUUAUCCAGUGAUUUCAAUCUCCAUUCUAAAAGAAAAGGUACAUGUAAAUAAUCUUCUUCUUAAAAAAAGAGAAUCCUUAUUGAAGUAUCCAGAUAAAAGGACAAAAAUCCCUUUGAAGUUCUUAAUCAGUAGUCCAUGUUAAAAAAAUUAUACACAUCUGAGUUCAGUGAAGAUGUCCAAUUUAUUUUUCUUUUUAUAAGCUUUGCCAGGAAUUGUUACUCCAGAAGAGUUUGUUUUAUUAAAUGGGGGAUUCCACAUCAUAAUCACAGCUUCUCAGCCUUAUAGAAAUAAGAUCCACCCCUCUGUAUUACAAUCAUAAGAGUGUUUGUGGGGGCAUCAAGCCAUCGCAGAGAGAUAUAAAAAAAAAAAUGUGUUAUCGCUUUGCAUCAUUCAAUUCUAAUGUAAAAAUAAGAAUACUGUAUACAUGGUUAUUUUUGCCCUUUUAUGCUUGCAAUUUUACACAAUUUUGCCCCAUCUUAAAUUCGUCCAGUCACAGUUCUGUUAAAGAAAUUGUACUGUAUUCUUUAAAUUUGCCCUGUUUGAAAUUCGCCAAAUCAAGAGUAGGGGGAAAGGGGCGAAAUAAAAUAGGGGGAAAAAAUUCCCCUGUAUACAGUAAUAACAUUUCGUUGUUUCCACCAUCAUCAAUAUUUGUAAUACGUUGGAGAUUUUUUCGUCGUAGUAUAAGAAGGGGUGUGAGAAGUAUCCCCUGCCAUUCGUAGCUGCCAUAUUUCAUGUUUAAUUCUAUACUGACAUAACCUCUGUCUUCAUAUAUAGUAGUGAAUCCUAGCAUCUCUAACCUUCAGGUACAGGCUUGUUCUAAAAUUGAUAUCAUUGUAAUCCUAGCAUUUCUUACCUUCAGGUACAGGCUUGUUCCAAAAUUGAUAUCAUUUGUUUCCAUUCUGAUGUGUCCUAAACUAAAUCAUUUUUGUAGAGACUUCUACAAAAGUGAAUAUCAAUAAACAGUUUUGUUUUUGAAACUGAAAGUAUGAAUAUUUUCAUAUGAAUUUCUUUAAGAAUGUUGUAGCCUACCUGCAUUUACUUUUACAUAAAAAAUUAUUUGUGAUGCAUGUAAUAUUAUGUCCUGUUUGUUUGUUGAUGUACUAACAUUGGGGAGAAGGAAAAAUAAAUAAUUGUUUUAAUCAUUUGAAAUGACUAAUGAACAUGUAAAACUAGUCUGAAAAAUGUGACGUUUUCCUGGCUUUUUUACGAUUUUGAUAUUUUACAUGCCAGGAAAACCUGGCAUGUAAAAAAUCAAAAUCAUAAAAAAAAAAGCCAGGAAAACGUCAGAUUUUACGGACUAAUGUAAAACAUCCCAAUUUUUUUUUUUCAUUUAUUUCACCAAUUUAAGAAAUUAUUCUUCCCACUCUUGUUAGGGUCGUUAAAAUGUCAGUUUAAAAGGUCAUGACAUCAAAUGACCUGUUAAUUUAGAAGGUCAAAAUUUUCAAUUAAUAAGUUGCCUCAAGGUUACAACAGCAAAAUGUAAUUUUGUUACAAGAUAUUUUAUGUUGUAUUGCAGUACAAUAACAUGUAACUUUUGCUUGCAUUAAAAGCAUAGAAGAAAUGAAGGUCAAGUUAUAUUGGAAUUAUUUACAAGCAUUACAUGUCUUUGCCAAUCGGUUUUAUUAUAACGUGCUGCUAUUUUUUCUUAGUGGAUUACCUCCCCUGUGACUUGCAUUUGUUCAUUAUAGUAAUUUUACACACCGUUGUAUUGUCUGUACCAAACAGGGCCAUGUAUUACGUAUUCUGAUUGGUCAGUUUCAAAAUGAAAUCAUAUUUUCAUAACGCAUCUAUCCAAUGAACUAUUUUUUUCUUGAUUUACAUGAUGACAUUAUUAUAUAUGUAUAUGUACAUUGAUGUAUUUCGUUGAUUAAAAAAAUAAAACGUCAGUGUACGAAUAAA